AUUCAUUCAGAGUUCUACUCUCGAACUGUUCACUUGUGCUAUUGUCGCUCCGCUCAGUGCGUUUGUAUUCACGUGUGUUUAAAAAUGUCGUACGAAAUGAUUACUCCGACUUCUGUUGAAGAAUCGCAGCCGAUAUCCCGUACAUAUCAGUACAGGAAAGUGAUGAAGCCGAUGUUAGAAAGAAAAAGAAGAGCUAGAAUCAACAGGUGCCUUGACGAAUUGAAAGAACUUAUGGUUACUGCCCUCCAGAGUGAAGGUGAAAAUGUUUCAAAAUUGGAAAAAGCCGAUAUCUUAGAAUUAACAGUGCGUCAUCUCCACAAAUUAAGAAAACAACAAAGAUUGUCUACUAAUCCAGUGAUAGAUGCAGAUCGAUUCAGAGCUGGUUACACACACUGUGCCAAUGAGGUUUCCAGGUGCCUUGCCUCAACUCCUGGGGUAGAUAUUCAACUUGGAACCAAACUGAUGACCCACCUUGGACAUCGCCUCAACGAAAUGGACAAAGUAUCUCCUUUAGUUAUUCAAGUAAGUUCACCAUACACACCUCCUGGUUCACCAAAUCUAGAAAGUGAAGUGACUCACCAUUACACAAUGCCUUUGACACCCGCAUCAUCGAGUUCUUCGAGGUGCAGUCCAUCCCCCAAUCAACCCAUUGAUUGCUCCACUGCAGGUUUGCUAAAAGUUGCUAAAAAAGAAGAGGUAUGGAGGCCGUGGUGAAACAUAGACUUUAUAUUUUUGUAAAUAUUCAAAAAUCUCACUUGUGUCUUUCGAUUAUUAAUAAUUGCUCAAUUGCUUUAAUCUUAGAUUUAAGAUAAAAUAGAGACAGAUCUCUUCCAUUUUUGAAAAGCUUUAAAUUUAAUGUUAGGUAAAGUAGAGAUAGAAUUUAAUUUAUGUGAUAUAUAAAGUUGGUACCUGUGAUUUUGAAAGCAAUGUUAAAGUAAGCAAUCAUAAUCAAAAAAUGUUUAUUGAUAUGUUUGAUGAUGAAAGAGUUUUUGUGUAAUUUUUGUAUUGCAAGCGUUACUGUGAUACAGUUUGUAUUUUUAAUAGAAAAAUACUUGAAAAUAAAUAUUAUUUGUUACAA